AUGGUAAUGUAUAGUUUCACAGAUCCCAGUGCUAACGAGGCACCAUUCGUUGCUUCAGGGGCAGCAGGAAAAGCUGUUUCUUUUCCAGACCCCUUUGGCUUUCUCUUUACGCAUUCUGGGUGGUGCUUCAUUAUUCUCCCACAGCGACAGUAGCCUGCAUUCAAUUGUUCUAUUUCAUUAAAAUAACGUAUAUAACGCCGGUGCUUUUUUUUCUUUAAAAAAAUGUUUAGGGGUACUUUCAUUUUGACUCGAGAAAAAUCACCAUUGUAUAGUUCAAAUCGGGGAAACUAAAAAUAGGAAAUGGAAAAAGUACAAAGAUUCACAAAAUGUUUAGGAGUGCAGUGGACGCUCGGGUUGGGAACGUGAUCCGUGCGGGAUGCACGUUCACAACCCGCAGCGUUCGCAACCCGCAGAGGCGCGCCUGCGCACAUGCGGGUUGCGAUUCGGGGCUUCUGCGCAUGUGCAAAGCACGAUUUAGCGCUUCUGCGCAUGCGCAACCGCUGAAACUCGGAAGUAACCAGUUCUGGUACUUCCGGGUUUUGGUGGGUGCAUAACCCGAAAAAACGCAACCUGAAGCGGCUGUAACCCGAGGUAUGACUGUAUACAUACUCCCGCCCCCCCAAAGCAGCACUGUACUGUAUAACACCUUUAAUUUUGCAAAGAAAGAAAGAAACGUUUUGGCUGCAUUCUAGCCCACUGUUGUCAGGAUGGACUUCUUGUUUCCCAGGGAUCCAACAUUACAUUUAACGGGGGAUUUAUGGCCCUCAAGCUGUUAUGGGACUCCCAGCUCCAAUGAGCCCGUGGCCAAUGGUAAAAGGUGAUGGGAAUCAGAGUCCAGCAACCCCUGAAGGCCUUACUUGAUGCUAUGGGUUGCUGUUCUCCUUCCAUCCCUUUCCCCUAUGGGGCUGCCUUUGAAGACUUACUUCAGCAGCUUCCAGUUAGGAGUAAUAAUAUAAUAAUAAUAAUAAUUUAUUAUUUAUAACCCGCCCAUCUGGCUGAGUCUCCCCAGCCACUCUGGGCGGCUCCCAAUCACAUGUUAAAAACAAUACAGCAUUAUAUAUUAAAAACUUCCCUAAACAGGGCUGCCUUUAGAUGUCUUUUAAAAAUAGGAUAACUGCUUAUUUCCUUGACAUCUGAAGGGAGGGUGUUCCACAGGGUGGGUGCCACUACCGAGAAGGCCCUCUGUCUGGUUCCCUGUAGCCCUCGCAAUGAGGGAACCGCCAGAAGGCCCUCGGUGCUGGAUCUCAGUGUCCGGGCUGAACGAUGGGGGUGGAGACGCUCCUUCAGGUAUACAGGAGAGCAACAGGUUCCUGGCCACUGCUGUAGAACCAUAAAUAACUUUGGAUCUGAGUUUCCUAAAGGGCUGUCACUUCCCACCUGAACUCUUCCAAAUAUUGAGGCUGCCCUCCAAACCGCCCCCCGCCCCUGCAACCAGAAGUAAGUCAGAUGGGGCACUGAAGAUGGGGGCUUCUCGUCUUUGGAAUUCCCUCCAUGGGGAGUCAUUUUGUUUUUUUCAAUUUGUUUGGUUUCAGGUAGAGAUCACGCCCCCAGCUUUAAAACUCCAAUUUAUCCAGCUUGUUGCUUUAAUUGUUCUUUGAUUUCAUUGUUCGUUUGCUUAACUAAUAAUAAUAAUAAUAAUAAUAAUAAUAAUAAUAAUAAUAAAUUUAUUAUUUAUACCCCGCCCAUCUGGCUGGGCUUCCCCAGCCACUCUGGGUGGCUUCCAACAGAACACUAAAAUACAAUAGUCUAUUAAACAUUAAAAGCUUCCCUGAACAGGGCUGCCUUCAGAUGUCUUCUAAAAGUCUGGUAGUUGUUCUUCUCUUUGACAUCUGGUGGGAGGGCGUUCCACAGGGCGGGUGCCACCACCGAGAAGGCCCUCUGCCUGGUUCCCUGUAACCUCACUUCUCACAGUGAGGGAACCACCAGAAGGCCCUCGGCGCUGGACCUCAGUGUCCGGGCAGAAUAAUGGGGGUGGAGACGCUCCUUCAGGUAUACUGGACCGAGGCCAAGCUGUUGUUGAAGCCUCAUUGCCCCAAACAGCAGGUGAACAAGUUUUGGCAGAGCAUUGAGACUCUUGAUCUCAGGCUUGUGGGUUCGAGCCUCUUGUUGAGCAGAAGAUUCCUGCAUUGCAGGGGGUUGAACUGGAAGACUCUCAGGAUCCCUUCCAACUCAGCGAUUCUAGGAUUUAAAUCAAUAGUCAUUACCAUAAAGGUGUGGUGUGGGGAACAUAUCUCGCAACAUCCUUCCCCUCCCUUCCCCGCCCCUGGGAACCUUUUAUGGUGGAUGUGAGCCUUCUGAGAAACCUCCCCUGACAGCGGGCAGCUUAGUUUCUGGAGCCCAACAGAAACCCAGUAUGAUUUUGUUUCCGUAGCCCAGAAAGACUCAAUGCUCUCUUCAGCUGGUUCCUCCAACCUGCAGACUCUUCCUGCACACACACACACCAUUGUAAGAAGAGGCAUUUGUCUCAGUAUAUUAAUGAUGUGAACAAAGGCCAUUGCAGAAGGCUGCAGGUUCCUGUUGCAAGAAAUAUUAAGAGACUUGCCGUAUUUUUCGCUCUAUAGGACACGCCUGACCAUAAGACGCACCUAGUUUGAGAGAGGGAGAACAAGAGAAAAAAAUAUUCUCUCCCUCUCUGCGCAGCGCCCCUUCAGCGAACCAGCAGGAGAAACGGAGCCCCUUCCAUUUCUCCUCCCGCUUCGCUGAGGGGGCGCUGUGCAGAGAGGGAAAGCUACGCAGCACCUCUCAAGCGAAGCGAAGCCAGGAGAGCAAGAGGGAUCGGUGCGCACCCAUCCCUCUUGCUCUCCUAGCUUCGCGUUUCUUUCGCUGAAGCCCAUGGAGCCUGCAUUCGCUCCAUAAGACGCACACACAUUUCCCCUUACUUUUUAGGAGGGGGAAAGCGCAUCUUAUAGAGCGAAAAAUACGGUAUUUCCCCUUGUUCUGAAUGCACAAUUUAUUAUGUGUUUUGCUGGCUGUAGUGAUCUAAUUCUAGAACUUAAAGACUCUUCAGUUUGAGAUGGUUCUUGUUUCCCAGCCUCCCGCUGACUCUCCUUCUCCGCUUUUCCUGGCAGGGUGGUGGAGGCAAAGGCAAAGGAAAGGGGAAAGGAAAGGGGAAAGGGAAAGGGAAGAAAGGGAAGAAGGGCGCCGUCGAUGUGGACAUCAUGAGCCCGGCGGCCAUGCUGAACCUCUACUACAUCGCCCACAACGCCGCUGCCUGCUUGGAGUUCCGCGGCUUCCCGUGGCCAGGCUCUCCGAAAAAGAAAGGGAAGAAGAGGAAAUAG